CGAGAACCUCCGAUAUCCUGUGCUGUUUGUAGUUCGCCAGCAGAAGGGAGUACUGUCAUGGCAGGUCCCGUUAAUUUUUCGAGGCCUCUAUCAGAGGACCUACAACUACCAAGAAGUGAGUCGCACCCUCUGUCCCUCGGAGCCGACACCUGAAACAAGACCCUCUGACCAGAUUAUAUUUGUGGAUGUUGCUUCCAUGGCACCAUUUAACAUUGCCUAUGAGCUGCUAGUCACCAGGCUCAAGAACUUCCAACUUGAGACCAACAGAGCCUUUAACUUCACUGCCAGCCCUUCCCAGCCCCAGUAUUUUCUGUACAAAUUUCCUCAGGAUGUCGAUUCAGUCAUUAUUAAUGUGGUGUCUGAUGCAGCGUACCCAUGCUCGGUUGUCUCCGUCCAGGAUAUUGUGUGCCCAGUGUAUGACCUGGACCAUAAUGUGGAGUUCAACGGUGUUUACCAGUCUAUGACUAAGCAAGCAGCCAUAACAGUGCAGAGAAAGGACUUCCCAGGUGAGCAGUUCUUCGUUGUGUUCGUCAUCAAGCCGGAGGAUUAUGCCUGUGGGGGUUCUGUGCCUUCUUCAAUUCAUGGGAAUGCCAACCGUACCUGGAACCUGCAGCGGACAAAGAGCCUUCAAGUGACGAUUGUGCCCUCUAUUAAAAAGUCCGUUUAUGUCCAGGCCAUGUUCUUCAGCUUCCUGGGUUUCCUCUCCUUUUACCUGGGCUCAGUGGUUGUUGCUUUUGUGCACUACAUUAGGGUUCAAAGGAAGGCUUCUGCUGGGAGAUUGAGUCCCGAGCAUGGAUCUGGGAUUAUGACUUCUUCACACCCCAUCUCAGCCAGCACUCCUGAGGGAAGCAGCUAUGGUGCUAUUGAUGAGUCAAGCUCCAGUGGUGGACGUCAGAUGUCCUCCCCUGAGCACAGGCCACCAGCUGGUUCUGACACAGACAGCUCUGUGGAGGAGGAGAGUGACUUCGACACCAUGCCAGAAAUUGAAAGUGAUAAGAACAUCAUCCGCACCAAGGUGUUCCUCUAUCUAUCAGACUUGUCUAGGAAGGACCGAAGGAUUGUCAGCAAAAAGUACAAAAUCUAUUUCUGGAACAUCAUCACCAUUGCAGUGUUUUAUGCCCUGCCGGUCAUCCAGCUUGUCAUCACUUACCAGACGGUAGUAAAUGUGACUGGCAAUCAGGACAUCUGCUACUACAACUUUCUGUGUGCUCAUCCCCUUGGGGUGCUGAGUGCCUUCAACAACAUCCUCAGCAAUGUGGGCCACAUGAUGCUGGGCUUUCUCUUCCUCCUCAUUGUGUUGCGCAGGGACAUUCUCCACCGUCGGGCCAUGGAGAUGAAAGAUAUCUAUACCCUGGACUAUGGGAUCCCAAAGCAUUUUGGUCUCUUUUAUGCUAUGGGCAUCGCUCUGAUGAUGGAAGGGGUGCUCAGCGCCUGUUAUCACGUCUGCCCUAAUUACUCCAAUUUCCAGUUUGACACCUCCUUCAUGUACAUGAUCGCAGGACUGUGCAUGCUCAAGCUCUACCAGACCCGCCACCCAGACAUCAAUGCCAGUGCCUACUCUGCCUAUGCCUCGUUUGCUGUGGUGAUCUGUCUGGCUGUCCUUGGAGUGGUGUUUGGGAAAAAUGACAUGUGGUUUUGGGUUGUUUUCUCAAUAAUCCAUGUUUUGGCCUCGUUGGCUCUCAGCACCCAGAUCUACUACAUGGGCCGCUUCAAGAUGGAUGGCCCUGACUCAGACCUGGGCAUAUUUCGACGAGCAGUGAUGGUGCUAUACACAGACUGUAUCCAGCAGUGCAGUCGACCAAUGUACAUGGACAGGAUGGUGCUGCUCAUUGUUGGAAACCUGGUCAACUGGUCCUUUGCUAUCUUUGGGCUCGUGUAUCGGCCCAGAGACUUUGCCUCCUACAUACUGGGCAUCUUCAUCUGUAACCUGCUGCUGUAUCUGGCUUUCUACAUCAUCAUGAAGCUCCGCAGCUCUGAGAAGCUCCUGCCCAUCCCCAUGUUCUGCAUUGUGGCCACAGCAGUGGUGUGGGCAGCUGCCCUCUACUUCUUCUUCCAGACCCUCAGCAGCUGGGAGGAGACUCCAGCAGAGUCCCGGGAAAAGAACCGGCCAUGCAUCCUGCUGGGUUUCUUUGAUGACCAUGAUGUCUGGCACUUCCUCUCUGCAGCUGCCUUGUUCUUCUCCUUUCUGGUGAGUCUUGCUGAGUCUCCCACUCUGCUGUAUGGCCUUACCCUCUCCUCUUCCACCUUGCCCCUCUCCAUCCACAUGGACCUGUGACUGCUCCAGGACCCCACAGAGGUGCCCAAACUCCUCUUCUUGGCUCUAUCUCCAGACAUCCUUUACAGUGGGAUGCUCUUUGUCAGAGGGAUCAGGUUUUCUCCUUUGCCUUAUUUAUCUCCCUAUGCCUCUUGGCCUCAAAUUCCCUUUGGGGCUGUGGGUCACACAGCUGUUGUGGGACAGCUGAGGGGCUGCUGCUGUGACCAGUGAAUCAUGGAUUUGGGAAGACCUCCCAGGAAAUCAAGACCUGAAGGUCUGAAAGGUAGAGCUGCCUGGCCAGCAAGACCUGAAUCUGCCUUGUACUUUCUUCCUCAGGUCCUGCUGACCCUGGAUGAUGACCUGGAUACGGUGCGCAGGGACAAGAUCCCGGUGUUCUGAGUCCCCAGGGGACAGGGGUGCAGGGGCGUCCCAAACUGCUCAGCCAAAGGCACUGGGCCAUUGGUAUCUGUGGGGAAUGAGCCUGCUUCCGUGGCCAACAACACAGUAGGAGCAGGGGAGCUGGAUCCCACAGCAGGCAUGAAGGGGUGCUGUGGUAACUGAGGCAGGACCAGAAGGGAAGACGACGUUUACUCCUUUUGCACCGCAUCCACUGGGGCAGGCAUGACCCAGCAGCCAAGGCCAGUGCACAGCCCUCUGGCUCACAGGUGCAGUGGGUGCUGGAGCCAGUGAGGGGGGAGGAAACAGGAGGGAGGUGUGUUUGAGACCUUUGCUUCCCUUCCUUCCUGCUGAUGUGCUCUGCUUCCUCUCUGGUGAGCAGGCUUGAGAAGUGCAAUGCUGCUCCUCCUGCAUUGGGAGCUGAUGCCUGUACCCUGCAGGCUGCUGCCCUCAGAGAGUCUCUUCAGCAGCACAGGGAGAGCAUUUGGUUCCUGUCCUGCAGCCACCAAGGGAGCAAAGGACUCCAAACUGAGGUGGCAGUGGGGGGACAGUUUUCUUUUCUUCAUUUUGUUGGAGAGACUCCUCUAGUAGCUGGUGGGGAGCCAUGGGAACAAGACUGUGGUGUUGGAGGGAGAUGGUGGACUUAGAGCUGCUCAUGUGUGCUCUGCCAGAGCCUCCCACCUUGCUCCUGAAGGCUCUCACUCACUUCUUUUGAACAGCCACACUUCCUCUGGCAGCUCCGGUGCUGGCUCUUGUCAGCGUGAUGGUCUCUCAGGGCACUAGAAGUGCUGUCCUCAAGCAAACCUAAAAGAGAUGGCGCAGCAAAGCCACAACCUUGCAUGCUGGGCAGCUCUUUGGCAGCCCCUUGGCUCCUGCUGCCUGCCUUGCCAAAGGGGCAAGGUGGAAGAGGCAUGUCGUCCAGCAACCUCAGACUUUCUCCUUCAAUGAAUCUGUUUUGGAGAACUUGGCAAAGCAGGUUCCCUUAUGGACCGGGAGUGUGGAAGAGGUUUGGGGACAGUUGGGGUUGAGCUCUUUAGCUAAAGAUCUGGGCCAAACUUUCUUGUCAAACUUUGCUGCAUCUGAAAUAAGUUUUUAAAUGGCUUCUGCGUUGUUUCUGAUUUCUUGGUUAUUUAAAAAACAAGAAUUAUUUCAGACCUUGCAUCUAAAUAUGGGACCUGUUUUGCUAAUUUUGAAUUAAAAAGUGUUCUUUCAGGCCUGCUGUCCUUAUUCUUGCCAUUGUCUGAGCAUUUUUGCUUCAGUGUAUGUGCAUGUACCCAGUGAUGCGAAGGUUUCAUUCCACUUCUGCUUACUAAAGCAAACACUCUGGUAACGUUUUACUCUGAGAGUCUGUAUCUCCUUGAAAAGUUUUGCACCAGCUGAUUUUUAUUUUUUUCUAAGUUGGAGAUUGUCAAGACUGUCAAUAAAAUGAGUGUUCCUGGUU